ACACACACCGGGACCUGGACCGGUGCUCACCGGGACUAGCGGACCAGGAGCAUCAUGGAACAUAACAUCCGGUCGAAUGGAGGAUAUUAGAUAUUAGAUAAAUAUAAUAUAACAAAUAAAUAAAAUAUAUCAUACCGAUAUCGGCUCGGCGGACCGCGAGGAAAUGCUUUGAACCUGAUGCUUCUGACAGUGGCCACCGCACUACUGAUCACUUCCGGUUCACUUCCUGGAUGCCCUCAGUACUUCCUGUGCACAGUAAGGCCUCCUUCCUGCAUGGCGUGGUAACAUCACUUCCUGCCCCGCCCCUUCACCGCCUCAGACACAAUGGGCCGUCCUGGUUGGCUGUCGCCGUGGGAACCGUCUCCAGCGCUGCUCGUCCUAUUGGUGCUGGCUUCCCCCAUCUGGGCUGAAGCCCCGCCCUUCCCCAUGGACCUUCAGCCAAUCAGCGUGGUGCGCUGGGAGGACUCGCGGCGGUUCCCGGUCUUCCAGGGUCUGCAGCCGGACAACGACACGCGGCGGCUCGGCCUGGACUACCAGACCAUGACCCGGGUCAGGAGCACCCUGUACAUAGCAGCCAGGGAUCACGUGUUUGCGGUCAACCUCAGCAGAGCGGCCCAGGACCUGGACCUGACCCCCCAGCUGCGGCUGACCUGGACGUCUGAAGACAUCAACACGUGUUCAGUGAGAGGAAAGAAGAGGGAUGAGUGUCAUAACUACAUUAAGGUUCUGGUUCCGAGGGACGAUGAGACUCUGUUUACCUGUGGAACCAACGCCUUCAACCCCACCUGUCGCCACUACCAGAUGAGCAGUCUUCAGCAGGUUGGGUCAGACCUCCCUGGUCAAGCCCGCUGUCCCUUUGAGUCGAGCCAAUCCAGUGUGGGCCUGUUCUCAGGUGGAGACUUCUACUCCGCCACGGUGACGGACUUCCUGGCAAGCGAUGCUGUGAUCUACCGUAGCCUUGGCGACGGGCGGCCCGUCCUCCGCACCGUCAAGUACGACUCCAAGUGGCUCCGUGAGCCCCGGUUCCUCCAUGCUAUCGACUACGGCAGCUACGUCUACUUCUUCUUCAGCGAGAUCUCUGUGGAGUACACAGCGCUGGGCAAGGUGGUGUUUUCCCGCGUUGCGCGGGUCUGUAAGAACGAUAACGGUGGAUCGCCGAGAGUCCUGGAGAAAUACUGGACCUCCUACCUGAAGGCCAGGUUGAACUGCUCUGUUCCUGGUGAUUCCUUCUUCUACUUCGAUGUGCUCCAGUCUCUGAGCGACGUGCUGCAGGUGAACCAGCGGCCCGCCGUGGUGGGCCUGUUCACCACACAGAGCAACAGCAUCGCGGGCUCGGCGGUGUGUGUGUACUACAUGGACGACAUCGAGAACGUUUUCAACGGGAAGUUCAGAGAGCAGAAGAACACAGAGGGGACCUGGACCCCCGUCCCAGAGGACCAGGUCCCAGUGCCCAGGCCCGGGUCGUGUGCCGGUGACGACUCCGCGGCGGCCUUCAGCUCGUCGGUUCGAUUCCCCGACGAGACGCUGACCUUCAGCAAGACGUCCCCCCUGAUGGACGAGGCCGUCCCCUCGGUCAACAACACGCCCUGCUACACCUCCACCUCCAGGGCCCGUCUGACCCAGGUGGCGGUGGACCCCUGGGCGGGGCCGGCCCAGGACCGGGUGGUGCUGUUCCUGGGCUCGGAGGACGGCCGGGUGCUGAAGGUGCUGGUCAGCACCCAGCGGGCGGAGGACCUCCACCCUGACGACACCCACACCACCCACCUGCUGGAGGAGAUCCAUGUGUACAACCCCGACAAGUGCGCAGCGGGCAGCAGCAGGAGGGUCCUGGGCCUGGUCCUGGACCGGGCCCACCGGGGGCUGCUGGUGGCCUUCAGGGGCUGCCUCAUCAGGGUCCCGCUCAGCCGCUGCUCCCAGCACGGGGCCUGCAGGACCGCCUGUCUGUCCUCCCGUGACCCGUACUGCGUCUGGCUGCGGACAGGAAGUUGUGUGGACCUGGUGCCGGGCUUCAGGUCAGGCUUUGAGCAGGAUAUUGACGGGGACCAUUCUCUCUACUCUGAUGGUUGUCAUGCAGGAGCCGCCUCCACCACAAGGAGUCAGGACUCUGGGGGAGACUACGACCCGGACCAGGACCAGGGUGGUCUCCAGGGUCCUAGUGUCCCCUUCUCUCUUCUCGUCACCUGCGUCCUCCUGGCCUUCCUAUUGGGCACCGUUCUGUCCGGCUCUCUGGUGUCGUGUUACUGUCGCCGUGGCUCCUCCCAGAGGGCGGAGCUAGCACUCGGGAAGGAGCUCCAGAUGCCCCUCCCCCACACCAUGUCUCUCCACUCAUUGGCCAAGCUCACCGGGUUGCUGGACCAAUCACAGGAGGAGAAGCUGGCCUGCUCCUGUCCUCAGAUGUACGCCUCCUUGAUCCCCAGAGGAGAACCACUCCUCUCCUCCUCUCAAGCUCUGCCUCCUCAUCCCGACCAACCGCUGCUCUCCAUCCUCCAUCACCAUGGCAACGCCCUGACCAACGGCUCCUCCUCGCGCCCCCCCCAGGAGAGGGGGAGCUCGGGGCCAGGGGGAGGUGGGGGGCAGGGGGAGUCGGCCCUGGAGGAGCUCCUCAAACACAUCCAGGAGCCGGAGAUCAGCCCCAACACGCGCUCCCACCACUACAACCUGAGCAGCCAUCACCAUAGCAACAGGACGGCGGAGCCGCCGGUGCCGGCCGCGGCGGGCGUCACGGUGACCACCCGCCACUCCCAGAGACACGCCCUCAUCAAGACGGGCGGCGACGGGGGAGGGGCCGUGCCAAGACCCGCCCACUUCCUGGCGCGCAUGAACACCAACAGUAGCAGCAACGGCCCCUCGAGCGCUGCCGCCGCCACGCAAGCUAGCGCCGCCGCCAACGCUAGCGCCGCGGCAGCGCACGCCAGCACUAGCGGGCUAUCGGCUAGUGCUAGCCCCGCCGCCGCCGCGCACGCUAGCCCCGCCGCCGCCGCCCAGGCUAGCAGCGACGCGGUACACGGCAGCACUACCGGGCUAGCGGCUAGCGCUAGCCUGACGCGGCAGCACAGCUACAGCGACGGGCCCCGGGGCCCGCGGGCCGCCGCCCUGUGGAGGACGGGGUCCCUGAAGCCCCCGCUGCCCCCCAAACCCCUCCUGCUCCACCGCCCCUGCGCUACACCACCUAGCCCCAGUGCUACACCACCUAGCAUCGCUACACCACCUAGCACCACUGUUACACCACCUAGCAUCGCUACAUCACCUAGCAUCAGCGCUACACCACCUAGUAUGGCUACAUCACCUAGCACUGCUAGUACCAGCACUACACCACCUAGCACCAGUGCUACAUCACCUAGCCCAAGCGCUACACCACCUAGUACCACCACUACACCACCUAGCACGUCUACACCACCUAGCCUCGCUACACCACCUAGCACCAGCGCUACACCACCUAGCACCGCUAGACCACCUAGCCCCAGCACUACACCACCUAGCACCACCACUACACUACCUAGCCCCAGCACUACACCACCUAGCACCACAGCUACACCACCUAGCCCCAGCGAUACACCACCUAGCACAGCUAAAUAA